AUGCAGUCCUUGGCACAAGACACUGAGCAAGUCACUUUGAUGCAAAAGGUACAACUGUUUGAGAGAGCGCUCGCAUCUACAAUGGGAGAUGACUUGCAACACAUUUUGUGGCUGAAGAGUCCUAGCUCUGAGGUAUGGUUUGAUCGUCGCACAAAUUAUACAAGAUCAAUGGCUUGUAUGUCAAUGGUUGGCUACAUUUUGGGUUUGGGUGAUAGGCAUCCUUCUAAUCUCAUGCUAGAUCGGUUGACUGGCAAAAUUGUGCACAUAGAUUUUGGUGACUGCUUCGAUGUGGCCAUGACCAGGGAGAAGUUCCCGGAAAAGAUUCCGUUCCGACUUACUCGAAUGCUCGUGAAGGCAAUGGGCGUUACGGGAAUCGAAGGAAAUUACCGCUUUACUUGCGAACGGGUACUGCGUCUGCUUCGCGCUAACCGUGACAGUCUGCUAGCUGUGUUGGAAGCCUUCGUCUAUGAUCCUGUUAUUAGCUGGAGAUUACUCGAAGGCACCAAGCGUGUCCCUGGCGAAAAGCAUGAUGUUACUAGGAGAAAAACUCUGCAAGAAGCUCCUCGCAUUGUCAGGGAACGAGUCAUUGAUCGUAUCAAGCACAAGUUAGCA